AUGGCUGCACCUCUCUAUCUGCGUCUUGCGUCUCUUGAAGAUGAUAACCCGUGGACCAUCGAGCAGAAAUAUUUCAUGAUCCUGAACGACUACUUGCAGCCAGCUAGCCAGGUUUCAGCUGCCAAAGCCGCCGCUGGAAUAAAUGAACUCACUCCAAUAAAUCGCGAGGCAAAGGGCGAAGAGGCAGAGCAUCCAGAAAGCUGGUGUUCGGAGUUUUGGGGAACAGUCAGCGAAGUUGUGAAACAAAUUCCCCAUGAUCAUCCGUCACAAGAUAAAAUGGUUGAAAUCAUGAAAGAACUAAAGAACUUGCCGGGGGUGGAAGUUGUCUUUUACAAAACGGCAACAACCCGAAUUUGGACGGACCUUCCAUGUCUAAUGGAAGUAUGGAGCGAAGCUUACAUCACCCCCAGCCCCAAGGAUGACGCCUCCGAGUUUGAGAAAUGGAUAAAUUGGCAGGCAUUUUCAGCCCGUCUGCUUCAGGCUGGCUUAGCAGAUUGGUCUCAUUUGACAACCUGGUGCUUCCGUGACGCACUCGAAGAGGAGCCCCUUCAGGCAAAAGAAUUACUGGAAUGCCAAAUCCGCGCUGCCGUGCAGUGGAUCGAGCAUUCUAGAGACAUAAUCUUUCACUCCCUUGACAAUUUACCUAACUUGAGGGAUUUACGACCCGGCCCUCUGUAUGCAGGCAAGGAGGGCUUAUCCCGUGAGAGAUGGGACUUUUGGGAAGCAAGAUUCCAUGAUUUCGCAGAAAAUGGGAUGCUUGCAGAGGAAACUGCUUUAAUCUGUGGCAGGGCUGCACAGCAGAUAGCCGCAAUUGCUGCAGUCAACGGUGUAAGUGACGAGCAGGGGAUUGGAGAGACAGCAAAGUUAGAGGACUCACAUUAA